GUGGGGCCUGGGCUUCCCUGGGUGAAACUCCCUGCAGAACUCGGGAUUCCAGAGGAAAUUCGAGAAUAUUGAAGACAAUGGCCAAUCUGGAUCAGCUCAUGGACAAUGAAGUGUUCCAGGCUUUUGCCUCCUAUACGACGAUUAUUUUGUCAAAAAUGAUGCUUAUGAGCACGGUGACGGCCUUCCACAGGCUAACAAAAAAGGUGUUUGUCAAUCCCGAAGACUGUGCCAGCUUCGCCAAAGGAGAGAACGCCAAGAAAUACCUCCGCACGGAUGACAGCGUGGAGCGCGUGCGAAGAGCGCACCUGAACGACCUGGAGAACCUGGUGCCCUUCGUGGGCAUCGGGCUGCUGUACACGCUGAGCGGCCCGGACCUGUCCACGGCGCUGCUGCACUUCCGCCUGUUCGUGGGCGCGCGGCUCUUCCACACCGUGGCCUACCUGACCCCGCUGCCGCAGCCCAGCCGCGCGCUCGGCUUCUUCCUGGGCUACGGGGUGACCUUCUCCAUGGCCUACCGCGUGCUGCGGGCCGGCCUGCGCCUCUGACGCCUCGCAGCCAGCCGGGAAGGACCAGGGAGGG